AAACUCUUUUAAAAGGUGGAAGCAAGAUCAGCGCAAAACCAACAUUUUUGUGAUCUUACUUUGCGUACCUACAAAUAAUAUUUUGGAAUUAAACUGACACUGCGUUGCAAUCUUAUGCAGCUAUAUGUUUCAAUCCUGUAUUUGCCACUCUAGGUUCUACCUCCCAAACCAAACAGUUACAAAAAAUAUUCAUCGCGCGGAACCAAGUUUGUUUGCUUGCCACUGGGUGCAAAACAUAGUGAGAGAAGAUAAGGAAUUUGGUUGUCGUAUCGUUGGGCAAUACCGCAUACCGGGACCAAUGCAAAAUGCUUAAACUUUCUCUGAAACGUUUCGCCAGCGUUUUGUUCUUUCAAUUGCUGUUUCUGUUCGUUGAUUUAGGCAUAAACAGUUUCUCGUACCUAGCUCGCGGUGGUCAAGUUGGUGUCAUUUUUCUAUUCAUUGCCCAGGAUGUUUGCUUGAUGCUAUCGUUCACUGCUUUUGUUUUCAGUCUGUACUCCACCUACGUUUACCAAGCCGGAAUGGCAAACUUGCUGUACGAAAAAUUCCGCACCCCGCUCUUCAUUAGCAUGAUGUACUUUUUCCUCAGCAUCGCAUUGCAUCUUUGGCAAGUGCUAGGGCAUUCCAAUGCUUCUUACCAGUUUCAGUGGCCGAAGGCUCUUACUGCUCUAUUUAUUAUACAUCGGCUGUUUUCUCCGGUAUAUUACUAUCUGUACAAAAAAUCUGCAUUGAAAAUGAGUGACCCUCGUUUUUACGAAAAUCUGGACUGGAUUGCAUCACAGCUGUCGAUCAAGUAAACAGUAGUGUGAGAAACAACGAGCACAAGUGUUGACUAAGGACUCAGAAUUCCUGUAGUUUUUGAAAAAAAAACAUUAUUUCAUCUAGUCUCUUUUACAUUUGUUCGACGGUGAUCCAGUCUCUAGCUCUAGAAUACUCUAGCAAAGUGAACUAAACCCCUUUAGCCGAAGCCAUGCAUUUUCUGCAUUCCGUUUAAGUCUACUCUAGUUACAGAUUAACACAAAGUGUUGUAGAAUUACGCAAAGUGGAUCGCGAUGGAAAGUUGUUCUCUUGUGUGUAGCACAUAUCAUACUAAAACAAUAUUUGAAUGAUAAAUAUGUGUAUUUAUUAGAUUUGCUACUUACUCUUCGUUGAAAUAAACUAACCCUUUACUUCAUUCAUAUACGAGGUUCGGCCAUAACGCUUUCAUGGUCUUGCGCACAGAAGCUUCGUUGCGAUCGCGAACGUGAUCGAGUAAUGAAGGUAAAAACUUACUGAACAAAGAGAAAAUGUACAGCUUUUGCCAAAGCUUGUAAAGGUUAUGAAACAUUGCCGAGAGUUUACCGGGAUGAUUCCCUAUCGCAAAACAAGCUCUCCGGAAGGUUAGUGACUUCAAAAAGUGACUUGAGUCUUUAAAAAAUGACCAAAAUAAAUAAACAGCGUCGUUUAAGUAUUAGGGCAGAGAUCUCAAACACGCGGCCCGCGACACUGGUUUGUGCGGCCCUCGACCACGUCCGCGGAGUUUAUAAUUACGUUAUACCAGUGAGAAUAGUCAGCAAUAAAUAACAAGAAAAUGGUUUGGCUGCCGGCACAGAAGUGACCGAUACGAUUUAUUUCAAAUCGAAACCAAAUCAAAGUGCGUAAAGUUUAAUGGCAAAACAUUUCUUUAUGUAGUGCGGCCCGCUGACUAGCUGUUGCUUUCCACUGCGGCCCAUAUGCUAAUAUGAGUUUGAGCCCUCUGUAUUGAGGUCUCAAACCGUAAACGUAAUCCUGCUUGAAAGUAAUCCGCCACAAGUCACUCGAAGCCCAGAAAUCAGCACAGCUACUUAAAAGCCUGUCGGAAGGUGGCCUGAAGCAGUGAAAAAUUCGCAUGGUGCGGUGUGGAGAUAUGGAGGAAGGAGAGUACAUUGAAGGAGAAAAAUGAAUAAUUGUCAAAAAUUGCGAAAUUUAAAUGGUACAGUAACAGGCUGGGAACUUAAUUCACCUCGUAUUAUGCCAUUACAUGCCAAUAAUAAAAACGUGAAUGUUGUAAUAACUGAAGAACAAAUUGUUAUUGCUUUGUAACUGUCAUCCAAAGAAUGAUUUGUAUCAUUCUAGCAUGUAUUUGUCUAUAAUCAAAUCAAUACGGUUGUAUCCUUGU